GGUCAGUCGCACGCUGUAGUUCGAGUGGUGAACACGUGGAACACCUCUGCCCGCAUUUUAGGUUUCCGUUCAAAAUUCCAGUUAAAUUCAGUUAGGAUGGGGGUGUUGCAGAACGUUCACCGUUCACUGUUGAUGCAACACAAAGUGGUUCCGCUAACGAUCAAGCGGAUGUACGAUACGCAGAUUAGGAUCGCGAUACGUAAGAAGCGGGUGGAGUUUCAGAAGGCCCUUUUAGCCCCGUGCCCCGAAAGCGGUUGCAAGCAGCCGCCCCUCAUGUUACCCAAGCCCGAGUGCCAGGACGAUCCCUGUGCCGACAUGGAGCUGCCCAUGGACCUGGAGCACUACACCCCGAGUGACAAGGCGAAGCGCAAGUACCAGCGCACCUGGUGCGAGUGCUACUUCAUUCCCAAGGCGGCGGUUCAGGCCAAGAAGAAGUAUCCAAAUCGACCGAGGAGGCCAUUGCGUUGCGUGGCAACCGAGGUGUUCGAGUGCCGCGACGAGGACAUGAAUCCACCGGACAAGAGUCGCCUGAAGCCCGAGAAGCUGAUUGAUGUGCCCCGGAUCGGGGAGUGGCCCUGCUGCAAGAUACCCGCUCCUGGAUGCCCCAAGUCCAGGAAUCCGCCCUCCUGCGACGCCGGACGAAUCCCCUCCUGCUGCAAGAAGCGGCGCACCCAGUAUCCCAGCUUCUCCGAGUGCAUCAAGGUGGGCCUGCUCGACCCCAUCCCGCCGUGCGAGUGCGAGAAGAAGGUCAACCUCUGCGAUGUCUGGGCUUAUUGGCGUCGGAAGCACCACUAAAGUAACCAAGGAAAUCUAGAUCUAAAACGAGUAGAUGCCCCAAAUCUGCGGUGAAAGUAUGCGUAUACAAAGUGACUCGCAUGUAUUACCAUUCAUACUUUGUUUAUGGGUUAAUUCAUAAAGCACGGAUCCGCUGGCAUCACCAAUUACAUCAGCCUUUAAUUUACUUUUAUCGAUAUGUGAUGCGAUUUAUUGUUUAUUUAGAUUAAAUAAUUUUCUAAAUCUUCAAA